AUGUGGGCGGUGAGGGAUGUGGAUCUGAGGAAACUCCACGCCCCAAUGCCCGCUGCUAUGCUCCCGUGUCCUGCGCCGGCAGGGUCUGACUGGAGCUUCCAGAACCCGGUGGGGGUGGACUGCAGCUCCCCUGAACCUCGCUGCAUCUGGCUAGCGGUGCUCCGCGGUGCCACGGGUUCAGUGUCUUCGCCAGCCAUGCCCACUGGGCACAGUCAGAGCGCUCACCAGCCCAGGGCUAAGGGGCGGAGGGAUGGUCUCUCCUCAGCUGGUGACAACCCUCGGCCGCCGAUGGCGACCCGGCCGGGAAGGGAGGGGGUCGGCGUGGGCUGGAAGGGUCCACGGACACUGGUUCUCCGAAAGAACUCCCAGGGUUUCGGUUUCACGCUCCGCCACUUCAUUGUUUACCCUCCAGAGUCCGCCCUGCACACCAACCUCAAGGAUGAGGAGAACGGUAACGGGAAGGGGUAUCAGAAAGAUCGACUGGAGCCGAUGGACACCAUUUUUGUGAAGAGCGUGAGAGAAAAAGGUCCGGCCCACCAGGCGGGCUUGUGUACAGGUGAUCGGCUGGUGAAAGUGAACGGAGAGAGUGUUCUAGGAAAGACGUACUCGCAGGUGAUAGCCCUCAUUCAGAACAGUGAGAGUGUGUUGGAGCUCUCCAUUAUGCCGAAAGAUGAAGAUGUGCUUCAGUUGGCAUACUCCCAGGAUGCCUACCUGACAGGCAACGAACCCUACUCAGGGGGAGCUGAGAACCUCCCACCACCACCCCCACUCUGUUAUCCACGCACCAAAACCACGCCCCCUGCUGGAGCUCCUCCACCAGCCCCCAUGGGCCAGAACCAGUUGGAUAACUGGAGUCGCUGGCCAGGUUCUUCCAGCCCCUCUUCACCCCUAGACAACCGUUCUGCUGUUGGCAGCCCCGCAAGCUGGCAGGAAGGGCGGGCAGUAGAGCCAGGCGGUGUGGGUCAUAGCAGCCCCGCCCACCGCACAGAAGAAAUCCAGUACGGUAUGACCAACCAGCAGCCUCAAGGCCAGACCAGAGGGCGCUCCUACUCUUCCUCUUCCUCGUCAGGAGGCCCUUUGUCCGGCCAGCUAAAAGUCCACUACCCUAACCACUACGCUGCCACCUCCUCGCAGGCCCAGCCCCGUAAGUCCAGCUCAGCCUGGACCAGUCCGCCCCUGCCCCAGCUCAGCCAUGGCCGCAAUGAGCGUUGCCAGCAGGCCCUCUCUGACUGGUACUACAACCAGCUGCCUGAGCGCUCAGGACGCAGCAUGCAGACCCGCCACCGCAGCUACUCUCAGGACCGGCUCAGUGAAACAAGGAGGCAGCAGCAGCAGCAGCAGCGGACAGGUGCUUGGCCACACAGUGCCUCCCAGGACACUCUGCUGUUACUGCAGCAGUCAGGCCCAGGACCACAUGGGGAACCCCACUGGUCCUAUGGAGACUGGGAGGAGGGCUCAAAUAGGGGCCACCCAGCCUCUAACUACACCCGAACACGCUCUGAAAACCUGCUGGCCCAGUUUGAUCGCCAUGGGCGCUCAUUAGAGAUGCUUGACCGAGCAGCGGGACUGGUCUCGCCUCGGUUUGAGAGGCCUUCAUGGCUCCAGCAGGCUCCCCAGCCGCCCCCUAGGACUGACGUCUAUCCAAGGCAGGGGAGUCAUUACGGUGCAGCACAAGCUCCUCCGAUGUCCCGACACUCACAGUCACAAUCCAAACACCAUACCCAGGCCCACGCCCAGCCUUUGCCCCAGCAGACUGCCCCCCAGAGCAGGCGGCUUCCCCCCGGGCAGAGCAUGGACGACCAGCCGGUGGGCUACCGCAGCUACAGCCCCUCUUUUUACCGCAAGACGGGCCGCAUCAUGCAGCAAGCCCACUCUUUCAGGGACCCAACGUACUCUGGCCCUCACUUGAACUGGAACCCAGCACCUAAAACCAGCCCUCCAGAGGGCACAACGGCACCUCUCACUGCCUCCCCCCUUGCCUCCACCACUCCCGAAUCCCAGGACAGAACGUACAGGCCAACAAACCAUGAGAGGGAACAAGGGUCAGUAGAGGGGCAGGAGGAGGUGGUGGCACAGAACCAGGAAGUAGUGCUGAGGCAGAAACCUCCCACCGGGCGGAGGAACGCCCAUGGUAUGCGUCAUCCCCACUACGCGCUGCCCAUGGAUGGGCUAGAACCCUCUUUGUUUUCACCUGAUCCCCAAGACUCAGCUCCUGCCCCUGGUUCCACAGGAGAUGUAGCCCCACGCAAACCAAAUGGCAACCUCGCCCCCCUGCCCAUAGAGGACGACUCUCUGGCCUCUAUCCCCUUUAUAGAUGAGCCGACCAGCCCUGACGCUGAUUUGCGCGCCCGCCACGUGCCGGCGUCCUCUGUGGUGUCCAGCGGCAUGAAUUCGGCGCCCGCCGUGGUCACCAGUCCCACCUCCCCCACCUUCACCUUCCCCCUCACUAGGCUCUUCUCACACGACUGCAGCAGUAUUAAAUCCAGUCGCCGUUCCUCCUAUCUUCUAGCGAUCACCACGGAGCGAUCCAAGUCAUGUGACGAGGGACUCAACACAUUCAGAGAAGAAGGGCGAGUCUUCUCGAGGCUACCAAAGAGAGUGAAAAGUUUCUUCACAGACGGAUCCCUGGACAACCUAGGGACAGCAGAGGAGGUUCGAUCAAAGCGCCACUCCACCUCAGAGCUGGGAAACAUCACUUACAGCGACGUGCGGCGAGAAGGAUGGCUGCACUUCAAACAAAUCCUCACAGAAAAGGGCAAGAAGGUGGGCAGCGGCAUGCGUCCGUGGAAGCGAGUCUUUUCGGUGCUUCGCUCCCAUUCGUUGUUCCUCUACAAGGACAAGAGGGAGGCAGUGCUUCGCGGGGCCACGAUCGGAGGGGCGGCCGAGGACGAGCAACCGAUCAGCAUCCGCGGCUGCCUGGUGGACAUUGCGUACAGUGAGACCAAACGAAAGCACGCCCUGCGGCUCACAACCCAGGACUUCUGCGAGUACCUGUUGCAGGCAGAGGACCGGGAGGACAUGCUGGACUGGAUAAAGGUCAUCAGGGAGAACAGCAAGUCAGACAGCGAGGAGCUCGGCUUCUCCAGACAGGCCCUCAUUAAUAAGAAACUGAAUGAUUACAGAAAACACAGUCCAACAGGCAGCAAGCCCGACUCCUCUCCCAGGAUGCCCCGCAUGAAGCCUCCGUUCCUGCACGCCAAGGCGGAAAACGCUGCAGGGGCACCACGCUCCCCCAAAACAGAGAGUAAAGAUGAGAGCGGCCCCCCGAAGUCUCCAUGGGGAAUCAACAUCAUGAAGAAGACAAAGAAGUCUGGGCCUAAAGCUUUCGGUGUGAGGUUGGAGGAUUGUCAGCCAGGUGUAAAUAACAAGUUCAUCCCAUUGAUCGUGGAGAUAUGCUGCGGUCUGGUGGAGGACAUGGGUCUGGAAUACACCGGGAUCUACAGAGUCCCCGGGAACAACGCCGUUGUGUCGAUGCUUCAAGAUCAGCUCAACAAGGGCGUCGACAUCAACCCUGCAGAGGAAAGGUGGCAGGACCUCAAUGUUGUCAGCAGUUUACUCAAGUCAUUCUUCAGGAAACUUCCGGAGCCGCUCUUCACUAACGACAAGUACAACGACUUCAUCGAUGCCAAUCGGAUGGAAAAUGCAUCAGACAGACUAAAGACCAUGAAGAAACUGAUCCGAGACCUCCCAGAUCACUAUUACCACACUCUCAAGUUCCUGGUGUGUCACCUGAAGACUGUAGCCGACAACUCAGAUAAAAACAAGAUGGAGCCCCGUAACCUGGCUCUGGUGUUUGGGCCGACGCUGGUCCGGACGUCUGAGGACAACAUGAAAGAUAUGGUCACACACAUGCCUGACCGCUACAAGAUAGUAGAGACGCUCAUCCAACAUGGCGUCUGGUUUUUCGCUGAAGAGCAAGACAAGGAUGAAAAGACGCCGGUGGACACGGAGGACGUGCAGCCGGCCCCCAACAUCGACCACCUGCUGUCCAACAUCGGCAGGACCGCUCUGCUCGGGGAGGCCUCAGACUCAACCAACAGUGACUCAGCUAAAUCAAAGGGGUCGUGGGGGUCAAGGAAGGACCUAACACCCAAGGACUUCCUGACUCUGUCCAUCAUGUCAGCUGUUACGGGCCGCAAACGCAGGAAGCGCAAUAACGCCCGCCGCGUGGGCAGCAGCACCGACGAUGACUCGGAGCACGAGCCAAUCAAAGCCGGACAUCUAGGGCCAGAGGAGGAAGAGGAGGCGGAGUCGCCUGUUGGAGACACUGCUCCUCGAGCAGUGGGAGAGGAGGACGACGAUGAAGAAGAAGAAGAGGAGGAGGAAGAGGAAGACGAGCAAGUUGUAGAAAGCAGGUUGAAAGAGGAGGUGCAAGAGGAGGCGGUGGCGGUUAUUCAGCCGUGUUGUAAAGAGGAAGAGGAGGCAGGAGGAGGGCAGGCAGCCAUGUUGUUGCAGGGGGAGGGGGCGCGGGCAGAGGUAAAAGGGCCACCGUGGCGAGCUCCAGAGGAUGCCCGCUCUAUUGUUUCUGGCUACUCCACCCUCUCCACGUUAGGGCGGAGCCUGGUUUCAGAGGGGAGGGGGGACGACGCUGAUGAUGAGCACAGCGAGCUGGUGAGCGAGACGGACAAUGAGAGCGGCUUCGCCUCGCGCUCCCUCACCCAGGAGAGACCUGAUAAACACCCGACCGCACCUGUGACCACGCAACCGGCAGCAGCCACACGCAGCUUCCUCUACACACACUACAAACCCCCUGUUCUCUCACCCACAAACCUUCUCGCCCCGCCCACAGCGCUCACACAAACACCGGACUCUGCGGACAGAAGUGAAGGAGGGGCGCGCUCCACCACGCCCUCGUCCUCCUCCUCCUCCACCACUCAUAAACUGCAUUCGCGGCCUUCCUUUAACUCCCACAAGCUGAUCCAGUGUGACACUCUGGCCAGGAAGAAGCUGAAGUCCGAGAAGUCCAAGGCUCGCUCCCUGGACCUUUUCGAGCUUUCUGGGGACAUGGCCCAAGGGGACAGGGCUGGUUCUGGGCCAGAUGCCGCACCCAGAGUGAGGAGAGAGACUUGUAGAACCAACCCUUCUUCAGGCAGCAGCCAGGAGAGCCUGCGCCUGGCCCGGCCCAAGCCCGCCGUGCAACCGAGCGAGGCCGCCUCCUUUACACCGACCGGCCCCGGCGGCAGGUCUCUGGCGGAGCAGGUCCGCGCCCGUCUGCUGGGCUCGGCGGAUGACCUGCGCAGUGUGGGACUGCGAAAACCGCUGUCACCUGAGACGAGGAGGAAGAGACGGGCCUGGCGCAGACACACCGUGGUGGCCUCCCCAACUGAGGCGUCCAACAAAAGACCCCCAAUGACUGUCAAUGACUUCCCCCCGUCUCCUAUGACUCAAAACCAGGUCAAAACACCAGGGCUGCCUCGGGACGCAGACGGGCUCGACCAAGGACCAGCUGCACGUCAAACACCCACCUCUAGAUUCCACCAGUACCUGUGAGCCCUGCUAGCUGACCCAACCCUUCUCUCCAAGGAAAAGAUGCUGAAGCUGCUCAUUGGGGGUUUGGGGGGGGGGUCCGGACUGAGCUGCUGACUCCCUGCAGGUCAGUAGACCGGCAGCAGUGCAAACAGGUUCAUGAUUAGUUGCCAGGUGCAACACGGUGUACCAGGUCUUUUAAAGCAGCCCACCCUUUUCUUUUCGAUAAGCUCCAUUUGCAUGGCAAGGGGCGUUCCAGUGUUGCCAAAGCUUUUGUUUUUUUUUCCUAUAUGUGUGCUUUUAUAGAAAUAAUACAGAAACAGGACAGAGACACAAACUGACCUCAAUGCCAAGAAUUCACAUACAAGUCAAAAAACAUCCUUCCCGUCUCCUCUACCUUCCUGCCAGGCUCACAGACGACAUAAAUGAAAGGGUGAAAUCCCUUCAAGUGACCAGAGAAAGCUGCUGAAACGCAGCCCCCCCUCUGGCUCUUGAGAGAAUGGUGCUUCUUAUCAAAGUUUGGUAACUGUUACACAUAUUUCUCUAAACCUACUUCAGUGAGCCAGAAGAGACCGCACAUAUAAUCACAAAAAGUUAUUGGUCAGUUUUAAAACCAUUUCAAGAGGGAUCUCGACUGAUUUUUAUCAGUCUUCCUAAUUUGUCACUCGUCAGACCAGAGACAUAAUAGAUAUGGUAGGUUACAAAUACACAAAAGUCGUCUCUCUCUACCUGUUAAUAAUGUCUGUGUGUUUGCGCAAAAUUAUUUGUGAUCAUGUCUGAGCGUGCAGGUGUUUGUGUUGAACACUUUUGUAACAUUUGUACAAAGCCUUGUUAAGUUAACCUUGUAAAUAUAAAUAUUAUGUUAUCAUGUGUUUUUACUUUUUUAGUUCUUUUUUUAUGGUUUACAAAAGUGCGUACAAAGUGCACAGUCAUUUCUUUCAAGAUGUUACUUGAAAUGUUUCCCUUAAUAUAUUCAUUUUUUUGUUUUAUAUUCAAUAUAUAUAUUAUAUAUAUAUUUUGUAUUAAAGUUAAAAAAAAGUACUUUUAUUGUGAUUUCACCUCUUUGGUGUACCUGUACAAAGGAGACAAGAUAAACAUGACUAAACCUGUUCCUUAUUUCCUCAUAGAUGGCCUUUCUCUCUGAUUCUCAGCACUGUGCAGGAAACCUUUAUCUCCUGAGAUGUAGUCUUAUAAAUAGGUUUCUCUGGUGACUAUACUUCCAACAAUACACAAACUAUCUAGCAACUACAUGUAGCAGGAGCAAUGUAAUCUGGUAAUUAUUACAUUAUAUUGGACAGUUUGCAGGCAGCUCAGCGCCUCACUGUGAUGGCUGACCUCAUUUGUUUUGUUAGUCAUGUCUCGGAUUAGCCUCCACAGAUCUGCUCAUAUUUACUGAGCUCAAGACAAAGUGUGUUCCUUCUUGUAAAAGAGACAGAGGAGAAGCCUGAAGCCUGAGUGUUUUACAGACUGUUAAAAUGUUAUGUAGCACAUACAAACGGCUAUAUUUCCACCUGUGUGUGGGGAUCUGUGUGUUUUCAUCACGUCCUCUGCACAUUUAUCACCUUGGGGUUAACAUGACGAGGAGUUUUCCAUAAGGUCAGACCCUAAUAAAUCCUCCCUGACCGGGGCAAUGGUACAUUAGAGGAAAUUAAUACAGAACGCCCCGCUAACAUGAAUCUAUUGUUUUCAUCUCUCGCCUUGGCCGUGGAACCGAUUUCCCAUCACGAAUAAAUAACACAAAUUGGAGUUGCAACUUCCAAAGUCAUGUUGUUUUCACCUGACCAAAUCACCCAGUGAAAAAUAAUAAUAGUAAUAAUAAACGAUAAGUCACAGUCCUGUCUUACCUCAAGAUUUUUUCUACAAGUGCCUGAUUUCUGGAAUGUGUUUUUGUUCUGCAGUGCCAUGGUCAGUUCUUAUCUUUCCAUUUCCUUUUGUUGUUUCUAGGUCUCCUCCCUCCUCUCUUGUGGUCGAUUGGUAAAACUAAGGCACUGACCCAAAGAUGUGUACGUUACAUACAAGCGGUCUAACUUGAGAGGCUCUAAUAAAACAAUAAAAUAGAUUUAAAAAAGCACACUUCCAAGCCAAGGACACAUGUCUAUGCACUCUAUUUGCCUUCAACACAGGCAUUAACAGCUAUUACCGAUGCUGCCAAGAAAGAAGAGGCAUAGCUUUCUCUCAGCUGCUUUUCUUAACAAACCGAGGUCAUCGCUCUCUGCCUAGUGAUCCACAGUGUGUGAAUAUGGUACACCUAAUAAGCCCCGCCCUAAUACGGCACUAGGUCAUGUCAGCCAACAUUCAAUUUCCUAAAGGUGAACAAAAGGAAAACUCAACAGUUUGAGUGUGUUGUCUGAAAAUGUGAUUCGCCGAAUGACUCAUUGUUUGACUCAUCUUUUUGUACAUACUAUCUUAAUAUGUAACAUAUUGUAUUGUGUACAUUUGGAAUUGCUUUUGAGUAUAACUAAUAUGAAAAAUGACUGGAUUUUAAAAAAAAAGGUUGUCCACCUGAAACUAUUUCCCUCAUGGCUGUGUGCUUUAAAGCAAGGUUAUAUGAUGUAAAUAAACAGAACUAUGUUUAAAAAAAA